CUGCUUUCUCUCCCUCUCUCUCUACCCCAAGCCUUUCCGCUUUCUCUCUCCCUUUCCCCGGCGUCUCUGUUUAUUUUUAGGGUUUUCCGAUUUUAAAAUCAGAGUCCACAGAAAUGGAGAAGAAGAAGCAAGGCUUUUUCUCAGCGCUCAGAGACGAAGUCGUCAGAAGCUUCACUCCUUCUCGUUCCAGACCACGUUCUCGUUCCGAGAGCCCGUCCCGUUCGAAUUCACACAUGAAGGCUCUUCUCUGGGGAAGAAAAAAGCUACUCGCGAGCUCCGGCUGCAGCCGCGGCGGCGGAGGAAAAUAUCACCUAGCGUCGCAGCCGGAGCCGUUAAUCGGAAGAUCGGAGAGCUUAAGGCCUGUGAUGGAAGGUCCUGAUCCAGAUAACGACGAAACUCAAACGGAUUCGAAACGACUCGGGUCGGGUUUAGGUCACUGGGUCAAAGGUCAAAUGUCACGUGCUCCGUCCGUGGCUUCAACUAGGUCGGACUUAAGGCUGCUCCUCGGGGUAUUGGGAGCUCCUCUCGCUCCCAUUCACGUCUCUUCCUCCAUCAGAGAUUCUCCCAUCGAAACUUCAUCUGCACAGUACAUUCUACAACAGUACACGGCGGCUUCAGGUGGUCAGAAGCUACAAAACUCUAUAAAAAACGCUUAUGCUAAUGGUAAGCUCAAGAUGAUAACCUCAGAGCUCGAAACUCCGACAAGAACUGUUCGUAGUCGAAACCCAACGAAGCCUGAAACAGGAGGUUUUGUUCUCUGGCAGAUGAAUCCGAACAUGUGGUAUGUUGAGCUCUCUGUUGGUAACAGUAAGGUUCGUGCUGGCUGUAAUGGUAAGCUUGUUUGGAGGCACACUCCUUGGCUUGGUUCUCACACUGCUAAAGGACCUGUCAGGCCUCUUCGUCGUGCACUUCAGGGACUAGAUCCAAGAACUACUGCAGCUAUGUUUGCUGAAUCCAAGUGUGUUGGAGAGAAGAAAGUGAAUGGUGAUGAUUGUUUCAUUCUGAAGGUGUCUACUGACCCUGGAACACUAAAGGCGAGGAGUGAAGGACCAGCAGAGAUUGUAAGACACAUUCUUUUCGGUUACUUCAGUCAAAGAACAGGACUUUUGGUUCAAAUCGAGGAUUCUCAGUUGACCCGGAUCCAGUCUAACAGUGGUGAUGCUGUUUACUGGGAGACUACGAUCAAUUCUUCUCUAGAGGAUUACAAACAAGUUGAAGGGAUUAUGAUUGCUCACUCUGGACGUUCUGUUGUUACCCUUUUUAGAUUCGGGGAAGUAGCGAUGAGCCACACUAGGACAAAGAUGGAGGAAAGAUGGACCAUUGAAGAGGUUGCUUUCAAUGUUCCUGGUCUGUCUGUAGACUGCUUUAUCCCACCGGCUGAUCUUAGGUCUAGUUCUGUACUAACCGAGGCAUGUGAGUACUCGGAUCAAGAAGAGAAAGGGAAGAGUGCGAUCGUGUUGGCAGCAGCUCAUAGAGCUAAAGUUGCAGCAUUGGAGAAAGGAAAGUUAGGCAAUGACACGGUAUGGCAUAUUGAUGUCUGAGUUUGGUAGAUUCGGGUAACAAGACUCACCCCUUGAAAUGAAACUAACUAACUCGUUUGUUUUAGCUGCUCACCUAUUAGGAGUUUGUUUACACUGUUGUGCUAUUUCGAUUCUUGUUUGUGUUUGUUAUUUUUUCCUGUCACCUCCAAUAUUUUUGAGUAAGGAGGUGAUGGGAUUUUGAUUGGUCUUUGAUUUGCAAAAAAUGGCGGUAGCAAGAGAAGGAGAAUUGCUGCUUACAUGUUUGAAUUUGAUUUCAAUGGAAAAUUCGCUGUUAG